CAGCACACAUCUCCGUUGGAUCAGAUCAUUUGUUUGAGCAAAACUGGUUUAAAGAAGGCCAGGUUGAAGACAAACUUAGGCUGAAUUGGCUAUACUGGAACAAUAACCACUGUGUUGUAUCAGUAGCUCUAACUGACUCACUUAAACAAGAUUUGCUUGAAAUGUCACAUUCUGAUCUUUAUGUUCCACUAAUCAAACCCAGACAGGAAGAAUGGAAGGACUUGGAAACUUGGACCAAAAGGUGUAAUGCAGCUACUGGAUGGGAGAAAACAUCUGAUCCUAAUAUUGAUUUUCACAGAGGUUUGAAGGUUAAUCGUAGGAGAUUUUCUGCAGUGAUAAAUGCAAUCAGGAGUGUUGAACUCAUUCCUGAUAUAGAUUUUGUCAAUGUUAAACAUACACCGCAAAUAGGAAAACCUCUUGAUAUGAGUGAUGAAGGAUUCAGUUUUGUGUUAAACAUAAGUGACAUUCCUGAAUUGAAUCAGGUACCGUCAUGUGUGUGGGCUGAGCACAAAUAUGAUGUGGGUCUAAUCAAAGGAGCAGACCCAAUAGUGAUAAUCCCUAAAUCAUCAUAUAGACCAUGUCAAAAUCAAUAUCCAUUGAAAAAGGAAGCAGUGGAAGGUAUUAAACCAGUCUUUGAAUCUCUUUUAAGGGCUGGGGUGAUAGUUCCAUGUGAAAAAUCUCCUGUUCGAACACCUAUUUUUCCUGUUAGGAAAAUGAAGGAAUCUGGACAACCACAAGGAUGGAGAUUUGUGCAGGACUUGCAAGCAGUUAAUGCUGCAGUACAGGCUCGUGCACCAAAUGUUCCGAAUCCUCAUACUAUUCUUUCACAGGUUCCAUCUGAGAGUAAAUGGUUUUCUGUGGUUGAUUUGUCAAACGCAUUUUUCAGUAUUCCCAUUCACCCCGACAGUCAGUUCUGGUUUGCAUUUUCUUUUGAAGGAAAAAUGUACACAUUUACACGCCUUUGUCAGGGGUAUUGUGAGUCACCCACAAUCUUUAAUGCAGCAUUAAGGGACAAUCUGGAAUCACUGGAUCUACCAGCAGGUAGUGCCCUUUUGCAGUAUGUGGAUGAUUUAAUGAUCUGUUCCCCCACAAAGGAGACAUGUGUACAGGACACAGUGGCGUUACUCAAACAUUUAGCUACAAAUGGUCAUAAAGUUAGUUUGUCUAAAAUGCAAUUUGUUUCGGAAAAAGUUACCUUUCUGGGUCAUAUAAUCACAUCAGAGGGUAAAACCCUCUCAUCCAAACGAAUUGAAGCUAUUCAAACUAUCCCAAAGCCAGAAACAAAGAAACAAGUCAUGAGUUUUUUAGGGAUGACUUCGUAUUGUCGGCAAUGGAUUCCACAUUAUGCUGAAAUAGAGGCACCACUAUCAGCAAUUGUGUAUGGAAAAGGCCUCACUGCAAAUAACAGAGUCACCUGGACAACUGAAGCUGAGAAAGCUUUUGUUGAUUUGAAGUUAGCUAUGCAAUCUCCUCCGACAUUAGGACUACCAGACUGUACCAGGCGCUUUACACAGACUGUGGAUGAAAGAGGCGGGUAUAUGACAUCUGUGCUGCUGCAGGACCAUGGGGGACGACUGAGACCGGUAGCUUAUUUUUCCUCACGACUUGACUCUGUGGCAGCAGGACUCCCAACUUGUCUUAGGGCUGUAGCAGCUGCUGAGAAAGCUGUGAUUGCAUCACGUGAUGUUGUGGGUUAUGCUGAUUUGACGCUACUGGUGCCACAUGCUGUUUCAAUGAUUUUGCUUGAACAAAAAACUUCUCACCUUUCAACAGCUAGAUGGCUCAGAUAUAAUACAGUGUUACUUGAAAUGCCAAACAUCACUAUUAAGAGGUGCACUGUUCUUAACCCCGCUACUCUCCUCCCUACACCAGGUGAUGGAGAGCCACAUGAUUGUGUUGCAGUAAUAACUGAAAUUUGUUCUCCCAGACCAGAUUUACAGGAUGUACCACUGGUGAAUGCAGACAUGGAGCUGUUUGUGGACGGCUCAGCAUCAAGGGAUCCAGCAACUAGUAGAAACCAAGUGGGUUUUGCAGUAACAACUUUGUAUGAUACAAUCAUAGCUGAACCACUCCCAUCACAGUAUUCUGCACAAGCUGCAGAAUUAGUUGCAUUGACUGAAGCAUGCAAAUAUGCAAGAGACAAGAGUGUCAACAUCUUCACUGAUAGUAGAUACGCAUGGGGUGUGGCACAUGAUUUUGGCAGACUUUGGGCUAAUAGAAAGUUUUUAACCUCUACAGGUAAACCCAUUACACACCAUACCCUGGUUGCUGCUCUUCUUGAUGCUGUGUUGCUACCUAAACUGAUUGCAAUCUGUAAAUGUGAAGCGCAUACUAGGGAACUUGACUCAGUUUCACGGGGAAAUGCAAGAGCAGAUAUUGCUGCAAAGGCUGCAGCGAAACGUAGCCUGCCAGUUAAUGAUGCUUUUGUUUUGGAUGUGCCCGUGACACCUAAUGCUGAUUUACAGGAGCUGCAAGCGAGGGCAACACCAGAGGAGAAGGUUGUUUGGAAGAAAGCAGGCUGUUCUGUUACUGACGGAAUUUGGUGUGGGCCAGAUGGAAAGCCUUGUUUACCUAAAUAUCUGUUUCCUUAUUAUGCUAAGUUGAUACACGGUAAAGACCAUGUGUCAAAGGGGGGAAUGCAAGCAGAUAUACAGAAGUAUUGGUUUACAAAAGGAUUUUCAAACUACUCAAAAAAAUUCUGUCAGAAAUGUGUGAAAGACGCCCUACCAAAAUCCAUAGACGGUGAACUGCAUGAUUUGAAACCAGGAGACUGGAUUGUGGUGAAGGACCUGAGGAGGAAAAGCUGGAGAGCACGCCGGUGGAACGGGCCCUAUCAAGUUCUUCUCACCACGCAGACGGCAGUGAAGGUCGCAGAGAGGGCAACCUGGGUACAUGCAAGCCAUUGCAAGAGGGUACCUGAGCCAGGAGAGGAUUCUUCAGGACAGAACGUGCGUUGA